CACACGCACGCCCACUCCUCCAAGAGCUGACGUGGGCUGUGGGCUCGAUCCCUCCCAGCUGUUGCCCAGCUGCCUCUGCCACAGCACCAGCUCCGUACAGGAAGAGAGAGAGAGAAAGAAAAGGAAACAUUAGCGCUGGAGAAUGGAUGCCUUGCAGGACUGGGCCCUGGCGUACCCGGCAGUGGCCAGGCUGCUGUGGGUCAUUGUUCUGGUUCUGGCCACUCUGCUGGUCUGGAGCUUCUUCUUCUGCUGCUGGGACAGCCGAAGUUCAGUCUCGCCUCUGGAAACCUACCUUUCAGCCACGAAGAAAACCUCAAAGACGAAGAAUCAGAGCCAGCGGAAGAAGAAGCCAAAGGAGAGAAGUGUUACUUCAGCUUUGGUUAAUGAUGGGAUUGUGGGGAUGAUCAAUCUGGCGGCUCCGCCUACUCAGGACAAGCUGAAGGCAACAAAAGAUAAGCAGGAGAAACAGGUGGAGGAAGCGAAGGAGGAGAAGAACAAGGAGAAACAGGUGGAGGAAGCAAAGGAGGAGAAGAAGAAGGAGAAACAGGUGGAGGAAGCAAAGGAGGAGAAAAGGGUGAAGCAGGAGAAGAAGAAGGAGAAGCAGGCGGAGGAAGUGAAGGAGGAGAAGAAGAAGAAGCAGGCGGAGGAGAAAAGGGUCAAGCAGGAGAAGAAGAAGGAGAAGAAGGAGGAGAAGCAGGUGGAGGAAGUGAAGCCGGAGAAGCAGGUGAAGCAGGACAAGAAGAAGGAGAAGCAGGGGGAGGUUGUGAAGGAGGAGAAAAGGGUCAAGCAGAAGGAGAAGCAGGAGAAGCAGGUGGAGGAAGUGAAGGAGGAGAAGAAAGGAACAAACGGCACCUGA